UGGUUGACUCAUCUUUCUCUAUGGUUUAAUGGUAGGAUUUGGUUUCGUUGACCGAGACCGACCAACUUGUAAAUUGUUUUGUUUUGUGAUUUAAUUUUAAUAUUUAUCUCUUAUUUUACGUUUUAACAUAAUGUUAUCCUUCGUCGUAUCAAAUAGUAAUCGUAUUACAGAUUGCCUUACUCUUUCGAACGUAUUGUGAUCUCUAAGCAAUAGUAGUGAUAUUUUCCCACAUAAUUAUGGUUAACUGACGUUAGACAUUGCAUCCUCAAUUAUGGCAGACCCAGGUUAUUAUCACAGUGAUUAUAUUCGUCACCCAGUACUGCAUGAACUGGGUGUCAAGUAUGGAAUCAAAACUGAAUGUAUUCCAGAAAUAGCUUUGCCGUCUAAGUUGGAGGAGCUCAAGGAUGUCAUACGUAGAGAAAUACGUAAGGAACUUAAAAUAAAAGAGGGUGCGGAGAAGUUGCGCGAAGUCGCCACCGACCGGAGAUCACUGUCUGACGUCGCUAACAUCGUCAAAAAGGCCAAUAUUAAGUUAAACGAACUCAAAUCAGACUUGCAAGAACUUGAGUCACAAUUGCUGCUUUCACGCGGGCAAUCCACACCUACGUCGCCCGAAGAUCUAUCUUACGAUGAAGAGAUCAUCCUGGCUUCGGAGGCGGCACAACAACAGCGCCAACUUGGAGAGGCUACUACUGACCGUAAAUUGGCAUCCCUGCAAAAACAGUUGAAUAUUGAACAGAAAGUAAAACAAGGGGCAGAGAACAUGAUACAGAGUAUCAGUAGCAGCAAUCAGUCUCGUGAUAAAAAGCUUCUAGCUGAGGCACAUCAAAUGUUGGCUGAUUCGAAAGCUAAGAUUGAAUAUCUGAAGCUCCGCAUAUCUAAAUUGUCAAAACAGCAAAAAGGUGACACUGCUGGAGCUAAUGGUGAUGGAAAAGGGUCUGACUUAAGUGGUGUUGAUGCCUUACUAGAUGAAAGAAUUGCUGAGCUGAGAAACCGUCUGAGGAUUGAGGCUGCAGUAGUUGAAGGUUCAAAAAAUGCUAUCAGACUAUUGCAAACUGAUAAGAAAGUGACUGACAAAAAAGCCUUACAAGAAGCUCAAAUGAGUCUUCUGGAGUCAUCCCAGAAAUUGGAGCUGUUACGUGUUUCCUUAGAUUUAAGAAGGCAAGAAUUACCAUCAGAAAGUGCUGCAUUUAUUGAGCUGGGACAUGAGAUUCGUAGUACUGGAUCUAGUCCAGGAUAUGUAAGCCUGUCUGGCAGCAGUGGCUCUAGGUCUCAGUUGUUGUCCCCAGCGCCUAUGAUCAGCCAAUGUGUGCAAGUGACAGGCACUUUAGAAGUAAGGUUAAUGGGAUGCCAAGACUUAUUAGAAGAUGUACCCGGCCGUAGUCGGAGAGAUCCUCUGGCCAGUCCUUCAGAUUUGAAGUCAUUUGUGAAAGGAGUGGCAAUUCGUAACUCUAUGAAAUAUACAUACAGCAUCAAGGAAGAUACAAGUAAUGAAAUCAUGGCGGUUAUGAAGCUGGAUAACCACACUGUUGCGCAGACCAGUUGGAGGCCUUGUUCACAACAAGCUUGGGACCAACGGUUUACCAUCAAAUUGGAUAAAUCCAGAGAACUGGAAAUUGGAGUCCACUGGAAAGACUGGAGAGGACUAUGUGCUAUAAAGUUUUUGAGAUUGGAAGAAUUUAUUGAUGACAUAAGACACGGCAUGGCCUUAGAGCUUGAGCCGCGAGGUGUAUUAUUUGCUGAAAUUAAAUUCUUGAAUCCCAUUGUAUCCAGGAAACCAAAACUCCAGAGACAGAGGAAAAUAUUCAAGCAACAAGGGAAGAAUAUUCCCAGACCAUCCUAUGGUGACAUGCAUAUUCCAGCUGUUGUCUUAGGGAGGUUACUGAAGCGCUCAUCACCAUCAAUACAGAACAUACAGACUGCCCACAUUCAUCAGCACCAGGGCAGCUUUGAAUCUACCUCUGUUGACAACAGGGAAAUUGAAAACCCAAAUGUCACACUUGGAGGAAUGGCUGGGGUGAGACCCCUGGGCCUACCUUCAACUCCAACCACCCCCCUUCCCCCUACAGCUCCACCAAAACCCACACUUCCGCUGCAGCCCCCACCAAAUGUUUCCACUCUUCGUAUGGAGAAGGAAUUGCAAGAAGCAUUUGCAUUUUUGGAAGAUUCAUAUACCAGAGAUAAUUAUGUUGUUAAGGAACCACAAACGCCAUGUGACACACCAUUGGUGGAGUAUCCACCAUCCCCAUCUCCAAAACUGGUUAUUGAAUAUCCUAGCAAUGAGGAUCAAAUUGUGGAUGUCACAAGUAAUAUGAGAAUAUCAUCAUCUCGCUCAUCAUCCAUCAUAGAUACAAUGGGUAAGGAUCAGGAUUCCCGAAGACAGUCAGGCGACAUGUCCAUGGGCAGCUUCCGGUUGUUAAGUGUCCUUGGAAGGGGACACUUUGGAAAAGUAAUUUUAGCUCAGUACAAACCUACUAAUGAAUAUUUUGCAAUCAAAGCUUUAAAAAAAGGUGAUAUUAUAGCAAGAGAUGAAGUAGAUUCUCUGUUAUCAGAAAAGAGAAUUUUUGAGGUAGCUAAUGCAAUUAGACAUCCAUUUUUGGUUAAUCUGUUUGCAUGUUUCCAAACUGAACAGCAUGUCUGUUUUGUAAUGGAGUACGCGGCGGGAGGUGAUCUUAUGAUGCACAUACAUGCUGACGUCUUCACAGAACCCAGGGCAGUAUUUUAUGCAGCUUGUGUAGUAUUAGGCCUACAGUAUUUACAUGAGAAUAACAUUAUUUAUAGAGAUUUAAAGUUAGAUAACUUACUUCUAGAUACAGAUGGUUAUGUUAAAAUUGCUGAUUUCGGUCUGUGUAAAGAAGGGAUGGGUUGGGGCGACCGCACCGGAACUUUCUGUGGCACUCCGGAAUUUCUUGCUCCCGAAGUAUUAACAGAAACUUCUUAUACGCGGGCUGUAGAUUGGUGGGGAUUGGGUGUCUUGAUAUUUGAGAUGUUAGUUGGGGAAUCACCAUUUCCUGGGGAAGAUGAGGGUGAAGUUUUCGAUUCUAUUGUGAACGACGAAGUUCGUUACCCUAGGACUUUGUCCUUGGAAGCUAUCGCCUUAAUGCGACGUUUAUUGAGAAAAAAUCCGGAUAGAAGGCUAGGUUCUUCUGAGCGAGACGCUGAAGAUGUUAAGAAACAGGCGUUCUUCCGCAAUGUAAAUUGGGAACAACUUUUGCUCCGUAAAGUAAAGCCACCAUUUGUGCCAACAAUAAAUAAUCUAGAAGAUGUUAGUAAUUUCGAUAGCGAAUUUACUUCAGAAGCGGCAGUGCUCACUCCGCCGAAGGAACCGCGGCCUCUCUCUGCCACAGACCAUAAAAUGUUUCAAGAUUUCACAUACAUGGCAGACUGGUGUUAGACACAAAGGUUGUUCAAUAUUUCAAAAAUUGACCAUUGACUAAGUUAUGGCUAUGUGAUACACUUGGUUAUCACUUGAAUAAGUAGAAAAAUGUAACUGAAAAAGCAAUACAUAUUUAGGUACGUAAUUUAAUCUGUACUCUUGUAUCUAAUGAAGUGUUAUGAUAUUUAUGAAGACCAUGGGUAAUUCACAUAUCAAUUGAUGUUGGUUUUUGAGUGUAAGUUGGAUUAACAGUCAUAAUCUUUGAAAAUUGAACACAAUGUGUUUCUUGACCCAAUGAUUAAACAAUAUUAAAAGCAACUAGGUUGUAACUUCAAUUACAAUAACCCCCAUUGCCUUACGAAUGAUUGAGAAAUCUGUAUUUUGAUAAUGUCAUUGUUUUCACUAAAUCAGAGUGUCUUUAGGAUUCUCUUGUUAUCUUGUAUUUAAUGCAGUUAAAUGCAAUAUUUUAUAAUAAAUUGUGUAAUUUAAUAAGUUUUAAAUAGUGCUAAUGUUUAUUUUUUUAAAAACAUCGUGUUAUAGAUUUAUAUAUAUUAUGUAGUUAUGAAUUGAUUAACGUAGAGUUAUGUAAUAAUAAUAACUAAUAAUAAAUAAGUGAAGGCGUGUCAAAUCAUAUUACGUUUUCAGUCAGUUGUUUACUUAUUCAGCGAAAUAAAGGUAUCAAAACGU